CCCAUCUCUCACUCUCUCUCUCAUGGCUGCCGCUAAUAAGGGGAAUGUCGGUCUCCAAGAAAGACUGUCAAGGCGUCCCUCUCACGUUCCCAACGUUGAGACAAUAAGCGGCGAUGCCAAGGUGGUGAAGAAUCGGAGGCACCAGCAGGGCCAUCGCCGCGGUCACUCUAACCUGCCUGUCGAACGUCCUCAAUCGCAAAACUCAAAGGGCAGCCAAAGAGGCCAUCAACGGCCAAAAAUUCCCAAUUAUCCACCACCUCGAGGCUCCGGAAUGCAGGCCGUUUUUCUUGAUACAUGGCAAAAGUCGCCCGGAACAGGAGUUUUUUUUCCCCACAAUGGCAAUAAGUUUGGUCCCGGCAUGAAAUCGGGUUCUCAUGUGGCUCUGAUUCCUUUCCGUGUAAUCGAGGCACUCAAAAAGAAUGGGCAUACAUUAGGCCCCAAAAUAGCUAAUCACCAAGACAACAAUAACAAUGCCAAAGACCGCGAUGGCGAUGGCGAUGCAAUGAAAAGCAAUGAAGGUAAUGAGAAAUCAACCCAACGUUGCUCGCUUUCUCAAAAUGAAAAUACAUCGCCGGAGUUAUUUCUCCCCAAGGAGUGGACUUACUAGCCUCGAUCUCCAAGUCAGCAGGGGAUGUUGUCAUGCCAACAUGCAUAUACCAUAAAAUAGGGAAUAUUGGAACUGCUCCCGUUUCCUUGCUUUGCUGGUGCUUAAUUAACACUUAGACAAGUAUUAAAUGUAUUAUACACAAUAAACAGCAUAAUAAGGUCCUGUCGAUAUGUCAUUUAUAUAAGAAUAAAUUUUAUUUUUAAA